GCACGGCUCCUCCCCACGUGUCUGUGUGGAGCUCAGUCAACAUGGUACCACAGCAGCAGACUCAGGCAGCCUGAGUUAGUGGACUCCACUCCUGCCCCUCUGCGCAUCGCAUUUCUGGACUGUCCUCACGCGCAUGAGAUAGCCAAGAUUGUCCGGUGAAGUGUGCAGGUUGGAUCCCUGAGAUCUGCUGCCGCUCCUCUCCUGUGUCGUCUCCUCUCGCCCCCCUUGCUUUGAUCACAUCAAUAUGGCCAGCGGGGACGAAGAUGACCCUAUUAUAGAAGAGAUUGAUGUGUAUCUGGCCAAAAGUCUCACAGAUAAGCUGUAUCUUUUCCAGUAUCCCGUCCGACCGUCCACUAUGACCUAUGACGAUGUCAACCACUUAGCGGCUAAGAUCAAACCCAAGCAGCAAAGGGUGGAGCUGGAAAUGGCCAUCGACACAAUGAGUCCAAACUACUGUCGCAGUAAAGGAGAGCAAAUCGCUCUGAACGUGGACGGCACCACUUACGAUGAAACCAACACCUACUCAGCUAAAAUGAUGGACAAACAGACCUUCUCCUCCAUCCAGGCCACCACCAACACCUCCAGAUAUGCAGCUGCUGUGUUUCGCAAAGGCGAGCUUCAUGUCACACCUCUGACUGGGAUCCUUCAGAUGAGGCCCAGCUUCUCCUACCUGGAUAAAGCCGACAGCAAAACCAGAGAGAGGGAGGCGGCCAAUGAAGGUGGAGAUUCAUCUCAGGAUGAAGCCGAGGAGGAAGCCAAGGCCAUCACGGUGAGGUUUGCUCGUCCCGAGUCGGAGCAGGCCCGGCAGAGGAGGAUCCAGUCGUACGAGUUCCUGCAGAAGAAGCAGGCGGAGGAGCCGUGGGUUCACCUGCACUACCACGGAGUCAAGGACGGACGUUCAGAGCAUGAAAGGCAGUACCUGUUCUGUCAGUCGGUGGACGCCUCGGAGAACUCUGAGCUGGUCAAAAGCCCAAAGGAGUACCUGGCGAUGCUGAUGCCUCCUCUUGCAGAGGAGAAAGUUGUGAAGCCUGUUGGUCCCAGUAAUGUGCUUUCAAUGGCUCAGCUCCGCACUCUGCCUUUAGCAGAGCAAGUCAAGACCCUGAUGAAGAAUGUCAAAGUGAUGCCGUUCGCCAACCUCAUGGGGCUUCUGGCUUCCGGCACCGACUCCACUGCAGCUCUGCGCUGCAUCCAGCAGGUGGCGCUGCUGGUUCAAGGGAACUGGGUUGUCAAGAGUGAUGUUCUGUAUCCUAAAAACACCUGCAGUCCUCACAGCGGCGUCCCUGCUGAAGUCCUCUGUCGGGGCAGAGACUUUGUGAUGUGGAGGUUCACGCUGGAGCGCUCUGUGAUGAGGAAGGAGAUCGCUUCCAUCAUCAAACUUCCUCCGGAGGAUGUGAAGGAGUUCCUGGAGCAUGUGGCGGCUCCUCGGAUCAACCGGGGCUGGGAGUUCCUGCUGCCUACCGAUGUCGACUUCGUUAAGAAGCACCCAGAUGUUGCCCACAGGCAGCACAUGCUGUGGCUCGGCAUCCAGAGCAAGUUGGAAAAGGUGUUUAAUUUCUCUAAAGAAGAUUUUGUGCCAAAGAAUUCCCCUCAGCCCGAUCCUGUCCACGUCAGCGGGGAGCAGCGUCUGAAGAUGGCUCACGAACGAGCGCACGAAAAGCAGUCGAUGCUGCAGAAGGAGCUGGACGCCAGACGUGCAGGAAGCAGCGUCCACAUCAAGCAGGAGCCGGUCAGCGACAGGGAGGACGAGCCAAUGGACACGUCGUCCUCCAUCCCCAACGGUUCCGUCAAUGGUUACCCCAGCGCCGCGUCCCCCUUCGAUCACUCCGUGGGAAACGGAGGGAGCCCCGCCAACACGCAGUCCCAGGAGCUGCAGGACUUUGUGAUCAAGACUUUCAGGAAGCAUUUUGUGCUGACGCUGAACGAGCUAAAGAGGCUGUUUAACCUCCACCUGGCUUCCAUGCCGGCGGGACGGAGCGUCUUCCACUCCAUCUCGGACCACAUGCUGCAGGACGCCAUACUGCUCAACCAGUGCAAACAGAUAAUGGUGCCUUUUCCUGCUCAGACCACGGCAGCCCCUGAUGAACAGAAGGUGUUUGGUUUAUGGGAGACCGGAGAGGACUUCGACAAGCACCGUCGGCUGCUCUAUGAAGUGUUCACCAAGAACUACCGGGUCAGGAGGAACAUAAUUCAAGCCCGACUGGCGCAGGAGUUGGGAGACGUGUCCAAAGCUGACAUGGACCGGCUGCUCACAGAGUGCUGCUGCAGCCAUGCAGGGAUGUGGUACCUCAAAGGGACGAUACAGUCCUGACCUCCAACAUCCUGCCCCCUGCGGCCACCGUCAGCCAAUCAGAUCCUCUCUCAGGUGUCCGGUGGGAGGGCAGUCGAGAGAUGAGACCAAUCGCAGCAGCCCGAGGACGAGCAAUUGGAGGACAUAAAAAAGUCGGCGGUCUGCAGUGCUCAGAACAAAACCUCAACGUGAGCGCUGGGACGCUGCCGGAGGACAGAAACUCCACAAAUUCUCCGAGUCUGAGGGGAAACAUCGAUUUAAAAAUGAAGAGAUAGAAAGAUCUAUAUAUACACACGGUUUAUCAGUAGGAUUCUUUUUGCAUAAUGACGUCAUGUUUGAUUAUUUUUGAAUGAAACCUUCAUCAGAUCAGGUGUUUACUGUUGAAAGCAGCUGAGUGCUUUCAUUCCACUCCUGAUUGUGAACUUUUGCCAGAAAAAACGCGUUUUACUUUCAUAUCAGCUACAAAACAAACCCUCUUUAAGGCCUUGUGAGUAAAAAAAACUGAUCUGUUUUUUGCAUUCAUUAAUUUUACACAUUUUCUUUGUUAAGAAUAUCGACUGAAUAUAAUAUUUAUUUUGCCCUUAAUACACAAAUGAAAGUGUGAGCUUUAAGGAUGGUCGAUAAAAUGCGUGAAGGCGCUUAAAGAAAUUUGCCAAAUCCAUCAAGUUGUUAAACAAAAGGGAAGAAAGAUGCAAAAAAAACCUGAAAUCUCUCGAUGUUUUUGGCAACCCUGGACCUGGAAUCGACUACACUGAGUGUGGCUUUUCCCCCAUUUUCUGUCAAAUAUGUGCUGAUUUCUGAACUCUGAGGGGAAGAAGUGGAGGUUUGUUUUUCUUGGUUGAAUGUAGAGUUUGAAGUUUUCCUUUACGAGAGAAACUUUGAGUGACUGAGUUUGACGAGAACUAAAUAAAGAUGCAAUUUGGAAUAAAAUCCUGUCAUAUUUUUGCUGUUAAAUCUACUGGGGUUUAACCUUACCGUACACGAACGCUACACCGUCAUCGGCGGAGCAGGGGCUGAGCUGUUGCUAUGGAUACGCCGGUGUGUCGCCAUGUGCUGCUAUCUUGAGCCUCCAUCUAAAGUGCCUCCGCCUCACAAGGCUUUCAGGACAAACUCCCACCCGUUCAUAUAAAAAAAAAGAAAACACAGGGACGUUUGAUUCUCACAGAAAAACCUUCAGAGCUUCAGUUGCAGAAAUGUGAAUACGAUGUUCUGCAGAAUUUCCUUCAUCAUUGGACAAUGACAGUUGCAUUUGUUUUUUCAUUGGUUAUUUUGCUCAAUAAACACUGUGAUGUCAACUCCA